AUAGUUUUGAGUUCAUAGCAAAGCAAAUCCAAAAUCACUAGCAAAUUAAUAAAAACAUAAGCAGUGAGUGAGAAAGAGAGGAUGAUGAUGAAGAAGGUGAGUACUGCCUCUGGUGUUGCUGUGUGUGCAAUAGUGGUGAUGACACUGCUUGUGAUGGAGGUGAUUCCCAUAACAGAGGCAGUGACAUGCAGCCCUGUGGAGUUGAGCCCAUGCUUAGGGGCAAUCACUUCAUCUUCACCACCAUCAAGCACAUGUUGUCAGAAGGUGAGGGAACAAAGGCCAUGCCUUUGUGGUUACCUCAAAAACCCAAGCCUGAGGCAAUAUGUGAACUCCCCUGGUGCCAGAAGGGUCGCUAGUUCUUGUGGGGUUCCCUUCCCUACUUGUUAAUUUCACUUCUUAUGUUAUAUAUUAUUUAUAUUGGAAUAAUAUUUCUCAUAUCGUAUGCGAUAAAUUUUAUCU